CUGUUCUUUCUUUAAGAGCUUAUGUCAUAAAUAUGCCAUGAAGCCACCAACAUCACACUAACACAAAACUUCCCACUCUUCGUUGGAUCUACCAUUCUUCAACCUUCUUCUCCACUGAUCUGUUUCUCUCUCUAAAGGGGAGACUUUUGUUUUUGGUGGUGAGUUUGUUAAGCAAUGGCUCGCAAGAAGAUAAGAGAGUAUGACUCCAAGAGGUUGUUGAAGGAGCACUUUAAAAGACUCUCUGGCCAGGACUUGCCCAUCAAGUCUGCACAAGUUACAGAAUCCACUGAUUUCAAUGAAUUACCUGAGAAAGAACCAUGGCUUUUAUCUUCAAAAUUGGUUGUGAAACCCGACAUGCUAUUCGGAAAGCGUGGCAAAAGUGGUUUGGUUGCCUUGAAUUUGGAUUUGGCAGAAGUUGCUUCUUUUGUGAAAGAGCGUCUUGGCAAAGAGGUUGAGAUGAGUGGAUGCAAAGGGCCCAUAACAACUUUCAUUGUUGAACCUUUUAUCCCUCACAAUGAGGAGUUUUACCUUAACAUUGUCUCAGAGAGACUAGGGAACAGUAUAAGCUUUUCUGAAUGUGGAGGAAUUGAAAUUGAGGAGAACUGGGAUAAGGUCAAGACUGUAUUUAUGCCAACAGGACUGUCUCUUACAUCUGAGAGUAUUGCUCCACUUGUUGCAACCCUUCCUUUAGAGAUCAGGGGAGAAGUUGAGGAAUUCCUCAAGGUGAUUUACACUCUAUUUCAAGACCUGGAUUUCACUUUCUUGGAGAUGAAUCCUUUCACUUUGGUCAAUGGAAAGCCUUAUCCUCUGGACAUGAGAGGCGAACUUGAUGACACUGCUGCUUUCAAGAACUUCAAGAAAUGGGGAAACAUCGAAUUUCCAUUACCAUUUGGAAGGGUAAUGAGCAGUACAGAGGCUUUCAUUCAUGGAUUAGAUGAAAAGACAAGUGCAUCUUUAAAAUUCACAGUACUAAACCCGAAGGGCCGAAUUUGGACAAUGGUAGCUGGGGGAGGUGCUAGUGUCAUCUAUGCUGAUACGGUAGGUGAUCUUGGUUAUGCUCCUGAGCUAGGAAACUAUGCAGAAUAUAGUGGUGCCCCAAAGGAAGAUGAGGUCCUGCAGUAUGCCAGGGUUGUGAUUGAUUGUGCAACUUCAAAUCCUGAUGACCAAAAGCGAGCCCUUGUGAUAGGUGGAGGAAUAGCUAACUUUACUGAUGUUGCUGCUACAUUCAGCGGCAUAAUCCGUGCUCUGAAGGAGAAGGAACAAAAGCUAAAAGAAGCAAAGAUGCACAUCUAUGUGAGGAGGGGUGGUCCCAACUACCAGAGUGGUUUGGCAAAAAUGAGGGCCCUUGGAGAGGAGAUUGGCAUUCCCAUUGAGGUUUAUGGACCUGAAGCAACAAUGACUGGUAUAUGCAAACAGGCAAUCCAGUACAUCACUGCUGCUGCUUAAUUUUCCAUUCUUAGGCCAGUGUGAACUUCUUUUACAAGUAUUGUCAUGGCUGAUUUGAAGAGAUUGUUAAUUCUUGGUUCUCUGUCCAACUCUCAGAAAUUAUUGCUUUGGUGAGUUAGAGUGCAGGCUGUUAUAAAUUAGUCAUCCAAUAAAGUGGUCAAGAAUGUUUUGUAUCUUCCAGAAUUCUGAUAGUACAUUAGUGACACCAUAAAAUGUUACAAGUGUAAUUGUUUUAUGUUAAGUCAAACUACAAUUUCAUGGUUCACUGAUUUACUUUCAUUAACUAAAUUGUUUUUCUUUCCA